AUGUCUAUGGAGGACGCUGUUUUGUGUUUUUAUGGCCGCUUUGGAAGUUGGAUAGCAGCCAUAAACAUAGCGCCGCUGUAUCGGCAUAAAGGUGAUGAAGCGAUCUUUCUUUCCACAGUCUCGCAACAUAAAGAAAUCCUUGAAAGUGUUCUCAACACAACGACACUUGACUUCAACACAUUUUGCGCUAAGAUGU